UGUCAGACUAUCGACAUCCGUGAUACGACUGGGUUGUCCGCAACUGGAUCGCAUGGCGGUAGAUGAUCGUUGAACAUCCUGGCAUUCACAAUAGUGCAUGUUUUGCCACGUCAAACCCGAAUGUACCAUCGAGCGACCGUUGACCAAAUUUCCGAGCGGACCCUGUCACGGUCCUCCUAGGAGAUGACAUAUUUUGAUCUACAAGGGUUGUCGGCGGCUACAGUCUUUGUCUGCUCAUGCUGCAAGUGACUGUAGUCAGUGCAUGAAAAUGUGCAUGGGCAUGAGCACACAUUUAUACCGCACAACAUGCCAUGCUGCCUUCGUUGUUCCACAACUCUCCGUCGCUCAAUCGUGGUUAUCACAACCUCUGUCACUCCUUUCAAGACUCACAAACGUCGCGCUUCUCACCCGCUCUGUCGCUCCUUUCAAGACUCGCAAUCGUCCCGCUGCUCAAACUGUCUUAUCGGACGACGCCGAAAUCACGAACUACCAAACAACUCAACUUUCAGCCUCCGCGUUUCAGUCCUCACAGGAACCCAUGUUCGGCUCUCCAUACCAUGGUGGCUAUUCCGCCCACUUCACAGCUUUGUCUCUCAUCAGAGCCAUUCUCUGGCACGUCGUCUACAUAAUUACGACGUUGCAUUCCCUUUCCAGCUUCGUUGACUGGCGCGGUCGCACGACUUCUUUUGUCAACCGCGGAGAAUCUUUCUGGAAAACCGAAAUGGAGAUCGCGAUGGAGCUCACUAUCCACACCUCUAUCUUGACCAUUCUGGCUGUCCUGCGAUGGCUUCUCAGGGAUAUGGACUUGGUCCUGAUGUUGUUGUUCGCGCAAAUACUCUCGACAGCAGUACUGGCUUCCCUUGCGUCCACUUCUGAAAAGCAGCCCGCGCUAUCUGCAACUACUGGAGAAGAGGCGCCACCAAGGGGAGAAAAGUGCGCCUACAGCAUUGUAUAAUUGCGAUGUUGUUACAUAUACCAACUUGCAUCGCUCUGUCAAGUGCUAUCAUCGGCUUCGGGUCUGUCAGCAAUGACAGCAAUUUGUCCUCCACUCGAUUUACUGCUGCGGGUGUGUGGAGACCACGGCAAUAGCUAAUACUUUAAUACAUCU